AUUGAAAUGCGUGGAGUCUAGUGUCAGUAGCGACGUCGAGGGUGGCCUCGUCGACAGCUACGCACGUUUUUGGCAACGUUCGUCGAUGCCCUUAACUCCGAUCGUGGCAAUGGUGUUGAUCGUGUGCACGACGUCGACGUAGCUGCCGAGAGCCGGCGCGCGACUCGACGACUCCUGUUCGCGCAGUGCUGCCGUGACGGUCGAUCGAAGCACACCGCUGAAACCUGGGAAUGCCACGCAACCUUCCAUUUUAACGACUCCACGAUGCAUCUGCCCGGCUGCCACGUCGUCGUCCCGUGCCCUCCGUUCGAGUCUCCGGAUGGUUAUCUGAGUUACAGGAGGCUCGUGUAUCGACAAGUACCAGCGUGAACCCUCCUACGCUAGCUGCCGCCCAGAAACUCGCCCGAACCAGCGGUAUAUCCACCCUGUGGUUUUCUCACUUGUUCGCGAACAGUACCGUAUCUACCUUUUGGAAAUUCUUCUCGUCGAAUUAGGAUAUUUCGAGUCUCGUUGACGAACGACGAAAGGAAGGUAGAAGGAACGUUCUAUCGCAAGAGGGACAGAGUCGAAUAAAGAAGCCUGUUUCCAGUGAAGUAUUUUUCUGAUUAUAUUGUUAAUAAAGUGAUCAGGCGAAUCUGUGCGCUCGAUCGAUCGUAAUCGCAAGGCCGUUGCUUGUGCAAGGAACAUAAACACCAUGGUUAAGUAGUGGAGGCUCGAUAAGGGCUGCUCGAGUGCCUGAUCACCCCCUGGUAUGGUUCUGUUGCAGCUGCGUACCGAGAACACUCUCUCUUCUUCGUCAAUAACCAGCCAAUAAACGGCGGGGAGAGCACGCUCGCGAGGCAGAAGCAGCGUCGGACCCGCGGUAAGUACCAAAACAAAUAUGCCGCCGUCGACCUCCACUCCUUUUUUCCGCUGCAACGAAAAUGGAUCUCGAUUUUGUCCGACGUCUAGGUCGCUCUACCACGUCUCUCUCUCUCUCCCUCUCUCUCUGUCUCUCUGUUCUUCGCUGCACUCCAAAGGGUUCGUUGACACCGUGGCUAGGAAAUCGGCUUGGGAACUCGUUUGGGGCCACCGAAAAAGGUCACCGACGAUACAAAUAUAGAAACGUCGUGGAACGAGGCCGACAGUGGAGCGGUAUCGAAGAGGAGAACGGAAGCACGGCUGUUUAAGGAUCCCUGCCGUGUCUCGUUUGCCAAUCGAUAGGAAUUUUUCUCCUCUACUAAACAGAAUCUCUAACGAAUCAUCCGGAUGUACGCAAGAAUCUUGAGAAUCUCACGUGUGUUUAGGAAAACAGUUUGAAGAAGUUGUUGUUCCUAUCGCGAACCGUGUGUACAACGAGUGAUAGAAAACAGAAUCCGAGAGUAAAUGCCUGCCAUAGAAGCAAUAAGCGAGCCUGACUCGUUUAAUCUGCAACUUCGACAAAUAGGACUACCGUAGAGAUCAGACGUACUGCUGAUGGUGUGAAACGAUCGUCUUCCACGUGUGAUACAAUACAAUACGAUCCAAUCGCCUUGAACGAUUCUUAAACGAUCAUCGUUCAGGAAACGGAAUAGUAGAAUAAUUGCGAAAUAAAUCUGCGCCGUUGAGUACGCAAACGAAAAAGUAAAUGAGAUGUUCGACGCUGAAUAAAUAAUUCGUAAAGACUCGGAAGAUUAUACCGUGAGAGGAAAACUCGUGGUAGAAAGAACACGAGAAGGGUGCAGUGAGGUAGAUACACGAGGGUGCACUCCCUUCGAACAGCGGGAGCCAUUGAAACUAAGGUUUCUCGAGGUCGGAGGUCUCUGAUGGUACAGAGGGUGACUCAGCACCGGUGGACGAGCGCGAAAAAUCAGCGCGGUCCCCGUACCCAAGAUCGGCGUCGUAGUCGUCGAGUAACAUCGUCAUGGCUCCACGUACCGUCGUCUCGACGAUGAUCGCGUUUGCGUUGAUCCUUGCUUGUUGGUCUGCUCGAGGUCACGCGGAUUUAGCGAAGUUCUACGAGUCCAUGCCUGAUACGAUAAAACCGAACAGACGAAUUCCUAACAACGACUACGCGAUUCAUGGACCGAUCGUAGACGAUCAUGAGUUCCCUCGAGAUCUCACGGAGCCUUAUCCAGGCAAGAGUUUCGGUCCCAUGGGUCCCAUCGAUGGUUCGUUGCCCGACGACGUGUCCUUUCGAAGUUUGGCCUCCGAACAAGACGAAGCGGCGAAUUCCAUGGAACAUUUGUCGAUGGAAGGGCACGAACACGAAUUUAAGUUUACGAGACCGAAGUAUAAGAUCAUAUCUGUGGAGUUUCAUCGAGUUGAGACACCGUUUGUCAUCGGAAUCUGGAUCUUCUUCGCGAGUCUCGCGAAAAUAGGCUUCCACAUGACGUCAAAGCUGAGCAAGAUCUUUCCGGAGUCCUGUUUGCUGAUCGUUGUCGGCGUCGUCGUUGGUGUCUUACUGUUCCAGGCGAGCUUGGUCCACGUGUCACCCUUAACUCCCGACACGUUCUUCCUCUACAUGCUACCGCCCAUCAUCCUGGAUGCUGGCUAUUUCAUGCCGAACCGACUGUUCUUCGACCAUCUGGGAACGAUACUCCUGUUCGCCGUCAUUGGGACUAUAUUUAACACCUUGUCGAUAGGAACUUCGUUGUGGGUGUUAGGUAAGAGCGGCCUCUUCGGUUUCGAAACUCCGCUGUUGCAAAUGUACCUGUUCUCCGCGUUGAUCAGCGCCGUCGACCCUGUCGCCGUGCUAGCGGUCUUCGAAGAAAUUCACGUGAACGAACUCUUGUACAUCGUCGUAUUCGGGGAGAGCUUGUUGAACGACGCUGUCACCGUCGUACUGUACCACAUGUUCGAGGCGUACAACGAGAUAGGACCAACGGAAAUUCUCUACACGGACGUGUUGUCAGGAUUUGCUUCGUUCUUCGUGGUGGCGAUCGGCGGCACGAUAAUAGGAGUGAUAUGGGGUAUCGCAACUGGAUUCGUUACGAGGUUCACUCAUCAGGUUCGCGUGAUCGAGCCCAUCUUCAUAUUCGUCAUGGCUUACCUGGCCUACCUAAGCGCUGAGAUUUUUCACAUGUCCAGCAUUCUGGCGAUCACCUUCUGCGGCAUCACAAUGAAGAAUUACGUGGAGGCGAAUAUCUCGCACAAAUCGCACACAACCGUCAAAUACACGAUGAAGAUGUUGUCGAGCAGCUCGGAAACCAUCAUAUUUAUGUUCCUUGGAGUCUCUACGGUGAACAAUCAUCACGAUUGGAACACGUGGUUCGUCGUCAUGACCAUCGUAUUCUGCUCGGUUUAUCGAAUCGUUGGCGUGAUCUUACUGACAGCCUUGGCUAAUCAAUUUCGACUGCACAAGCUGAACAAGGUGGAGAAGUUCGUGAUGUCUUACGGUGGCUUACGAGGUGCUGUAGCGUUUGCUCUGGUCCUGCUGAUCGACCCACUUCACGUGUCCUUGCAGCCAAUGUUCGUCACCACUACAAUAGCAGUCAUCUACUUCACGGUGUUCAUACAGGGAAUCACGAUCAAGCCGCUCGUAAAAAUCCUGAACGUGAAACGGGCAGAAAAGAAGAAACCUACCAUGAACGAGAGGAUCCACGAACGGAUAAUGGACCACAUGAUGGCUGGGGUCGAGGACAUUUUGGGCAAACACGGCAAUUACCAUGUUCGAGACAAAUUCAAGAGGUUCGAUAAUAAAUUCAUUCGUCCGUACCUAGUGAGGGAUCACUGUGGCGCGGAACCGAAAAUAUUGGAAACGUACUCGAAGCUGGCGAUGAAAGACGCUUUGGAUUACAUUAGAAGGAACGCGUCCACCAUUGGCAAUAUCAGCGGAACUGAAAGCAUGUCCGCGAUAUUCCGCAACUAUAGCAACACAGGACAGUUCAAUGGAAGUCCGAGUUGCAGCCAGCUUGAAGCGGGCUGGAAUAUUGAUCUCCAAGAACUGGAGUACAACCCUUCCAAGAAGGACUUGACUGACGCCAGGAUCCACCACCUAUUGGCCGAAGAACUUGGCAAGCCAUACAAGAGGCAUGGAACAAAACUGUUGCAGCAUCGACGUCUAAGCUACAGCCGACACGCGGUGAACGAUCGCGACCUCUCGACCCAAGUCAAUUACAAAAUGCACAUGAACAUACGUCGGAUGAUGGGAGAGCACAAGCAUCGUCACAAGCGCAGUAAAAAAUUACUCAAAGACGGUAAGCAGAAUCACGUGAGUUUCCCGGAGUUCCAGCAAAAUGGCUCGACGAAGUUGUUCACACAAGAUUACAUCAAUGGCGUCCUGUACGAAUUGGAGAACGGAGACACCUCAAAGCCUUCGAGCAAAGAGGACUGGGACUCGGCGAUUACUUUCACAGCUCGUACUUCCGACUCGUUGAACGUGAACGUGGACAACCACCACGGCGCCACCACCACUACCUCAAUGGACACCAUAAAUAUCGACGAUCCCGAUAUGAAAUUAGGACGCGACGAAACCUACAGAGUAACGACACCAACAGCCACGGAGACCAUGUUGCCAUGGAAGCGAGAAGACGAUUACGAUUCCGGGCACCCGAUUAAACAGAAUGAAUUCCCCGCUUGGUGUUCAAACAAGGAGUACCUGGCUUACAGUUCCCCAUCAGCCACAUUCUUAGGUGGAAUCGAGCAGCCAAAGGUCCAGUCAGUAAUUGGUCUAUUCCGUGGUGAGAGUGUGUGCACCCCGGAUGGUAUCGAUUGCCAGGAAACUGUGGACGAGCGUGACGAGUACACGUUGACAGGGACAGAACAGACGGAGGAUUCGCCCACGAAGACCUUCAGUGAAUACGAGAAAGACAGCAAGAAGGGACCCACUAGGCGAGUAUCCAUGAUGGAGCUGUGCUCCAUAGAUAUGUCGCAAUCGGACAAGUGCACGGAGGACGGAUCCCAUUCCCUGCCAGAGUGUUGGAAUCCUCAACGGAUCCGAAUGAGCUCGUUCGCAUACUCGGCCCAGGUUCCCAGUCUCUCCACCGCCCUUAUCACCUCCUCCUCCUCCGAAUCGUCGGAGGAGAUGGACGAGGAGGAAGAGAAAGCUUGACCUUUGGAGAUCGUCGAGGAACAGACGUCAUCGUUCGCGGUCGACGAGCGUCGUCGUCGUCGGCCAUGGCGGCGGCCACCUCGGCGUUCGUUGUUCUCGUCUUUCUUACGACGACCUAGCGCUCCGGUCUGAACAGAGGACGUACUUCUAAUAUCUUUCGCCCCAUUCUAGGGAGAUACGAUCAAUCUUUCAACCGAAAACGAAAAUAGUAUUUGUUCCCCCUUUGACGAUCGCCGAUCUCGCUCCCUUCGGGGAUGGACACUUUAAUAGAACUCACACUGGAGACGACGAGCUGUUUUGACAGCUCUUGUUCUCUUCCACAGGACCAGAUUACACGACGGAAAGUACCCCUCGUUUUGACUACCGAUGCUUUCAUUCGCACGCAGAAACGAAUGCUUUGGAGUUGUACGGGGUGUCCCAAAAAUUAGUCUCUUGUUUGUCCUUUUCUUUUUUAAUUUCCGAGGGAAAUAAAAGAUUGGUUGGUUCUCUGUGCAAGGUAUAAUAAGAGAAGCUUUCCCUUUUUGUAUUUGUAUAAUUUCUUAAUGGAAUAAGGUAGAUAUUUUUUAACAAUAAUUUAUUGAAUCAUUGGAAUUGCGUUUCUCUCUCUUUGGUCUGUCAGCCACAGUGAGGGAAUUUUCAAGACGUUUGAUAAUUUGGAGAAUAAUAGGAUUACUUGACAUAAAUUCACGACCGUAACUUAUAAAAGUAAUAAAUGUAUGGGACUAUCUCUCGGGACACCCCAAAUUAGAUCGUCCAAUAAGUUCGUCGUCUCUACGACGUUGUUUUACGAAUACAGAACGAUAAGCGACCAAGAUGACCAAUGACCAACCUUCAAUAUGAUCAAGGCCAACCCAGAAAAAGCACUUGUAAAGAACGAUUCCUGCAUAUUUGAGAAUCGUAACUGAGAAUGAAAUUCUAGUACAAGGCAGGCCAGGUGUCUGACGUUUUGAAUAUUCCGGAAUUAACUAUCCAUCGAUAUCUAAAAAAGGAUGAGACUGGACCGAAGUUAAAAACAUGCGAACGAACUUAUUAGGCGACCUAAUACGUUACUUAGGUAGAAUUCUUCGAUCUCAGAGGAGACAAACAAGUAUUUUCUCGGUUGGUUUCAAAAGAAUCGUUGACACAAUGAUAUAUAAUACAGUUGACGUUGUAGUAGCGUGAUUUUCGAUAUAGCGAUGUUACCAUUUUUCGACGAGAAUGAUUCAGUCGAGGUUGCGUUCUCUUUUGAUACUCGGUGAUCGUGUGAAUCCAUUUUGAAUAUUCGACCAUGAGAGUGAUACAAGUGAAAUAAAGAGUGCAAGAGCGAGAGAAAGAGCGAAAGUAAGAAAGAAAGAUAGAGAGAGAGAAAGAGCUAUUUUUUUAAACCGAUGAUACGCCUCGUUUCCUCCGUAGCACGACUGAUGGAUGAAAAGUAUUAACGAAUAGACUUGGAGGAACGUUUUUUGGUAGUUGAUUUUUCAAAUGCUUCCUGAGAAGAACGAUUCGUCCAUUGGAAGGCAGAUGCUUUCGAUCGACAGGAACAAAAGAUUUUUGAACCAUCGACGAUUCUUCGUCGAUGUGCCGCUUUCUGCGUGCUGAGAAAGAUUGUGAACCAGAAAAAGCACGCGAUUUCUUUCUCUUAGACGCCAUAAUAGCGUGUAUCCCUUGUAGCGACGACUCGUUUUAACGAUCGCUCAUUAACUUGGUAUCGUGGCCUUAAGAUUCCUAAAAAUAUCCUAGCAGCAACUCUGAACCUUCCGGUAUAUUGUAGAAAGGAAGAAGAGGAAAAACAAGGAGAAUGAGAUUGAAGGUAUAGAAAGGAUGACUUGUUUUUGUGGGAAAAACUCGAGGGACCUUGAUACGUGUUGCGUUUAAAUGACGAUUAAAUCAUGACAUGUGAACGUGAUGAUCUCUUUCUUUUUUUUUUCUUUUUUUUUUCGGUUUCUUUGGUAACACUAACGCUAAAUAGUCUUUCGAAAAUGAAGUAUAUAUAUAUAUAUAAAUAUAUAUGUAUAAUAUGUACAAGUUUGGUAUUAUACUCGAUACGCAACGCUGAAAUUGUCGUGCGAUUCGCUUUCGAGUUUAUAGACGCGAGUCUAGAUUUAGACACGCCAUGUGGCGUAUAUACUGAUGUAAAGUAAAAAUGGGGACGAUUAAUUACUCCUGUUGUAUUUCGAAAAUAUGGAAAUGUCGCGCAGAAGAGAAUGAGAUAUCUCAGGCUGUUCUUUUGUUUCGAUAUUUUAUAAGAGAGUAUUUUUUAAGAUUUAUCUAUUAUUCAUACCAUUAUUUGCUAUUCGCUUUUUCUAACGCUAUUGGUUCGUAUAACAAAAAUUAAGAAUGCGAUUGAUCGAUAGAUCUAAAUUUAUCUUCGUUCCAAAGAAUAAUGUAUUUAUUAUUCAAUUUAUUUAACAUUAAUAUUUUUAUUGUUACACAGUGAGAGUUGAAAAUACCAUUGAUCGACAAGUUCCAAAUUAUCUCCAUUUCGGGUAUAUCUAUUCGUUUGUCUCGUUUUAUGAAAUACUCUUCUCUUUGUAAAAUAGAAAAUAGAAUAAAAUAAUACACGACCGACAGAUGAAAUCCAAAUCGAUCUUCAAAUAGAAAAAAUCGCCAUUUAUUUAUUUAUAUUCGCUCUAUCGAAUUUCUCGUUUUUCUUCCGAACGAGACUUCCGCAUUUUCAAAAACAACGAUGUCCCCCUUUAGAUUACUCAUUUUACUCUCACGCUAGAUUUUUUGCAGCGAUUCUUGCGAAUUUUCAACUACGAAAAAAAGAUACCACACUCGGCAUCCAAAACGUUAAGCCUCCACAUGUAUAUUCGACACGAUGUUAUACUAAAAGUACGCGUAAAUUUUAGAGAAAACUUUUUGCCUAUCUUUAUCCGUUUCAGACAAAUUCACCAGGAUCACUGCAUCAAACUAGUUCAAACACAGCGAUCUCUUGAAUCAUACAGACGAAGAAUCUCUACGAUCGAAACUAUAACAAGAAAACAACAAAGCAAACUGUCGAAAAGAUGCUGGAAAAUAAGAAUAUCGAGCAUCUCUAAUAGAACUCAUCAUACUACAAUCGUCGAAAUCUUUUUCACGCUGUCAAACGCAAACACACACACACACACACACACACAUGAAAGUUGUUUAAACGAAACGCUCCUCCUCUCCUUAAGUAUGGCCUUAAAAGAAGCAGAAAACAGAAAAUAAAAAAUAACUAACUAAGUAAAUAAAUAACUAACAGUCUCGUGUAGAAAAACAGCCGCGGAAGUGUCGUAGGUCUGUACUUAACGCAUUUAAUAAAACCACCGUAUGUACAUAACGAGACAAAGAAAGAAAAGAUACAAAAGAUGGGAAAGAUCGUAAGAAGAUCGAGGGAAAAGCCAAAAAAAAAAGGAAAAAACCAAGAAAUUUUUGUUAGCAAGAUAAGGUAGCAAGUUAAUCGCGAUGACUAAUUUGUUACGAUGGUUUAUCGCGACGCGAAACGAAGGAAACAAAAACAUCGUGACAAGACGAAGUGUGAAACUAUGGCGGGGAGCUGCCAAGGGAAACUCUAGAAUUCCGGUUUUUAUGAGAAUUGAAGAUAUUCAUUGGUUAAUUAAUAAUUCUACACAGGCACUCGCGAUCGAUUAGAUGCUUACGGAAUUGAACGAAAUCGAUUUGUUAGCUUUCGAUCGUUUAGAGAUUUAAUGUUAUCAACGAUGGCGUUUGAAUUGGUCGAAAAUACGAUUGUCGAGAAAGAUGGAAGAAACUGAAGAGAACUUUCGUGGAAAUGUAAUAGUGGUUUAAAUAUGUAUACCGAGUUACUUUAAUAUUUAAUAUAAGAUGUUAAAUACGAUAGGUAGUUAAUUAUUUUAACGGAUAAUAAAUUAGAUUAAAUUCAAUUAAUGGUUGAAUCGAACGAAGUUAAUUAUGAAAUGAAAUUAAAACGUCAAAUUACCUUAAUAGUCGACUUUAAGAACAACUUUAGAAAUGUUCACAAAGCAAAAUACGUUGGAAGACAGUAGAAAAUAAUCGCAACGUGGACAUAAUCAUCGUUAAUCCUGUGUCUUAACUGUGUUUCAAAAGUUGUUCUUAUAAAGUUCUACGACUUCUAUGAACGCACGUGUACGUACGUUUUCUCUACAAUUAAUCAUAGAGAUAUACGUAUUUACGUAUGAAAGAGAAAGAUACUUUCCACGAUAGGAGUUUUAGAUCGAGGGAAGAAGCCAAAAAAAAAAAACAAGAAAUUUUUCUUAACAAGAUAAGGUAGCAAGUUAGUCGCGAUGACUAAUUUGUUACGUUGGUUUAUCGCGACGCGAAACGUAUGAAACAAACAUUGUGACAAGACGAAGCGCGAAACUAUAGCGGGGAGCUGCCAAGUUUCGAAAUAUUUCUCAUUCCACAACUUUUCUAUCUAAUUAUCUCGGAAGUAAGCUUUUCUGGCAAAUGAAUUUAAAAAGAAUUUUAAAAGUAUUAAAAGUCACGUCGAAGUACUUUUGGUAAUAUUUAACAGCACGAUUGAUCUGAAUAAAAUUUCAUUCCUCGUAACUUUUCCUUUUCAAUCUACAAACGCUUCGAUCGUUCGCGUAAAAAUGUCUCUAUAAGCUGCUUCCUUAUUACGAUAACGUUCCAUCGUUGCACGAUCGAACGAGAAAUAUUUCUACUUGGAAACAAAAGCAUCCGACGAAUUGUAUCUUCGACCAAGACUGCGAUUAACGCGAUGUCACAGAGUUCUUGUCAAUUAUGGCAGUAGAGUUUUCUUCAGACUCGUUGUUUAGGAAGGACAUUUUUCACGCACAUCUCGCUUGAAUAAUAUUUGCUUCAAAAGCGAGGGGUUUCUUUGGUGGAGAUAAAGAACGAUUCUCAAUUUUCGUAAAAAUCGCGGCAGAGUUCGAAAUUUCCCUUCGCGCGAUAUAUUCCUGGCGGCCUCUAGUUACCUAGGUCAGACAAAUGUCGGACUAGUCUCUAGACGCUAGUCUUUACGCUGUUGAUUUGUUAAAAUAAAUGUUUAUUUCGUAAAAAAAAAA